AUGGAGAAACCAUUCAAGCAGUUGAGGAAGAGAAGGGCCUUGGUGUGCACCUCACAAGUGACUGCAAACCCCGCUUGCAAUGUACCAAAGCAGCAGUACAAAGGGACCAUAACAGUGGAUCUCAAGAGAAAAAUAGACCCUCCAACUGAACCCUGUAUCCCAGCAUUCUAUGGGUUACCUAAGAUCCAUAAGCCGGAUCCGAUACCAGUUAGGCCGAUUGUAAGCAGUAUUGGAUCGGUGACCUACAAUCUCGCUAAAUACGCAGCUCAAAUACUAAGCCCUCUAGUGGGUCAGUCCCCACACCAUAUCAAAAACACCAAAGAAUUCGCCAAUCAGAUCAAAGACAUCUGUCUAAAGGACGAUGAGACAAUAACAUCUUUCGACGUCAAAGCAUUGUUCACGUGUAUUCCACCUGACGUUGCGAUCCAAGCGGUCCAGGAAUUUCUUCAGAAAGACACUACCCUCCAGGAACGUACAGCAUUGAACGUCGAGCAACUCAUUGAAUUGGUGGACAUUUGUCUGAAGACUACAUAUUUCUCAUACACUGGAAAAUUCUACAAAGAACAACUAGGCUGUGCAAUGGGUUCUCCAGUUUCUCCAAUUGUAGGCAACCUUUGCAUGGAAAUCUUCGAGCAAAGAGCACUCAACACCUACAAAGGAAAAACACCUAGACUAUGGUUAAGAAACGUGGACGACACUUUUGUCAUCAUCGAACACAACGAACAGGUGCCUUUCUUUGAACACAUCAAUAACAUUGAUGAACCCAUCAAGUUCACUCAAAAACCCACACACACAGACCAGUACCUGCAGUUUGAUUCUCACCACCCCCUGGUUCAUAAACUAGGGGUCAUCAGAACACUGCAAUAUAGGGCAGACACCAUCAUAAGUGACGAGGACCAGAUCCCCAAGGAGAAGGACCACAUCCAAACUUCACUCCAUCAAUGUGGAUACCCCAACCGGGCUUUCCACAAAGUCAACAAGAACAAACACCAACGUAAAGACAAAGGCGGGGCGAAGCCAGUUAAAGCCCGGGUCACCAUCCCCUACAUUGCCGGACUGUCUGAACGGAUCAAGAACUCUUUCAAGUCACGUGGCAUUGCCACUUGCUUCAAACCGUGCAACACCUUACGGGGGAAAGUGGUUCAAGUGAAGGACAGACAGCCCAAAGAUACACGUUCCAACGUGGUAUACGGGAUCAUCUGCGGGGAUAAAGACUGCUCGGGGUCUUACGUUGGGGAAACCAAACAAUCCCUAAAAUCCAGGACCUACCAACAUCGGCGGCCUAGCACAAACGAGGCACAAAACUCUGCUGUCUUCUUACACCUACGAGACUCUGGUCACACUCUCAGAAAUGAGGAUGUUGUGAUCCUUGAUAAGGAAGAGCAGUGGCACAAAAGAGGCAUCAAGGAAGCCAUCUGGGAAAGGGUCGAACAACCAACACUCAACAAAAGAGGGGGGCUACGCUUCAACCUUUCACAUGCAUGGGACCGGGCAAUUCAAGGGAUUCCAAGCCGUCUCACACGUGACCAGUCCACCGGGUCACCAGUUGCCUGA